AUGUCCUCUGGGGAUUCUGGUUUGCCUUCAGCCUCCGAUCUCAUCACCUACAUUGGCGUCCCGCUGACAGUUAUUGGAUUGCUUCCAAUCAUUUACAAUGAUGUUGCCACUCUGAUCCACCUGCACAAGAUCAAGCGGGUGCUACGCCGCAACGGAAUUUCUCCACCACUCCGCUCAGAUAUCUUCAACCGCAUUGUUGAAGUGGAGUUUCCCAGGUACCAUAUUCAAUCACCGCAGAGACAAGCCAGUGAUGAUACCACAGAACAUCAACCAAUUGUUUCGAAUGCGAAUGACGAUAUUCCUCUAAGAAAUCUGAGCCCAACGACAUCGACAUUGAGAGAAGAAUACCUUCCACCGCUACAAGGCGGUGAUAUCCCCGGAGGUAGUUGGUCAUUCUUGAAAUGGAAAGGGCACCAAAUUGGGACCAGAACCCAAAGAACGCAACCUGGAGACAAUCUCCGACAACCGCGGGCUCAAGUACGUUUCUGGGAUCUGAUCCUUCGACUUUAUCGGUCGGCUCGUGUGACAGUCGAUACAACGGGGUGGUGUGAGCUCCAAGAAAGGCCCCUUUGGGUGAGAGGUCGUCACUUGAUGACUCUGAGUGACACUCCACGGGAGUCGACUUGGAUACUUCAGGUGGCUUCCUACCAUGACUCUGAAAGCUCAAUUUCCCUUGAGUUCGUUCGGUCAGGUUCGAGGAGCGACUGGUCGUCUUUCCUCGGAGAGGGACCAGUGAGAUUCACUACGCAUGGAUCUAUCACUCUCCCGUGUCACCACCACCGGGAUCACAAACACCGGGAGCCAGCGGAUGAAGUAAAGAGUGAUUCUGGUUCAAUAACUCGCGAUGUAACAAAUAAUGGGUUGGUAGCUGCAUACCCAAGCUCCAGGAAAUGUGACUCGUUCAACAUCGAACAUCUGCGAACCGAUAAUGACCUCAGUCACCAGGGGAUUCGGUUCGCCAGUUGCGCAAUGGCAUUGUACGCGCAAAGUUCAACCCCAACUUUGCAUUACAGAGUUCCUACCAUUAUACGCCGACUCGCAAAGCCAGAUUCCAUUCCGGAAGGCGUCAUCAGGUUACUGUAUGGCAAGGGAGUCGAAGAAAUAUCGCCCAUAUUUGCCCGCAAAUACCUCAAAUCGGAGGGAAGUGGCCAGGAAGAGCAAAUACAUACAUCACCAAUAGACAACAAUAUUUGGAAAGGGAAAGAGAUAGAAAGACAUUGUUAUAUGCACGUCCAGAAAGGUGAAUUUCGAAUAUCGUAG